UGUCAAACCCCUUUUUAAUUGUCAAUGCCCAUUUGCCAAGAAGCCUCAGGUUGUGGGAAAUCUUGCGAGUCACCACAUCAUUGCUUGCGAGGACACGGGGACGCUCUGACCUCUCCUCCGGCAGAAUCAGAAUCAUAUAAAGUGCUCCAAAAUCUCUGGUCAAUCUCCAUUUGGUGGGUCCUCUUUCUCUUCUCCACCCGCCUUCAAGCGCCAUCACCACCAUCAUUUUCUAGGGCUUACUCGACCUCUCUCACUCGCACUGUGCGAGAGAAGAGCGUGGAGUGAGGCCGGAUCAACGACUAGUUCUAUCACUGCAAAUAUUCUGAAUUUGUAUUUGGCCACUACUUCAAUCCGUGUUUGACUUGAUUUGAUCCUUACCGAUUGCGAUGGCUCCGACUUCGGCUUUGGUGCGCACACUUGAAUCCCUGCUGGGCAUUUCGCUGGGUGAUUCAGUUUCGGAUUCGUUGGCUGUCGUUGUUACCACCUUGGUGGCUCUUAUCAUUGGGCUAUUGGCAUUUGCUUGGAGAAAGUCGUCGGAUCGGAGCAAGGAGGUGAAGCCGGUGCCGGUACCGAGUUUGUUGUCGGUGAAGGAGGAAGAGGAUGAUGUUGACGUUAGCUCCGGGAAGACUAAGGUUACUGUGUUUUUUGGUACUCAGACUGGUACAGCUGAGGGCUUCGCAAAGGCUUUGGCAGAGGAGAUUAAGGCAAGGUAUGAGAAAGCAGCAGUCAAAGUUGUUGACCUGGAUGACUAUGCAGCAGAUGAUGAUCUAUACGGGGAAAAACUAAAGAAAGAGACCCUUGCGUUUUUCAUGUUGGCCACUUAUGGAGACGGAGAGCCUACUGACAAUGCUGCAAGAUUUUACAAAUGGUUUAUUGAGGGAAAAGAUGAGCGGGGAACAUGGCUUCAACAUCUCACAUAUGGUGUUUUUGGCCUGGGUAAUAGGCAAUAUGAACAUUUUAACAAGAUAGCCAAGGUCAUUGAUCAGGAACUUAGUGAACAAGGUGCAAAACGUCUUGUUUCUCUUGGACUAGGUGAUGAUGAUCAAUCUAUUGAAGAUGAUUUUGUGGCUUGGAAGGAAUCUCUCUGGCCUGAGUUAGAUCAAUUACUCCUAAAUGAGGAUGAUGUGAAUAAUGUCUCUACACCUUAUACGGCCACUAUACCGGAAUAUCGAGUAGCGAUUCAUGAUCCCCCUGUCACAUCAUGCAAUAAUAGUCAUAUGAAUAUGGCAAACGGGAAUGCUGUGUUUGACAUUCACCAUCCUUGCAGGGUCAAUGUUGCUGUUCAAAAAGAGCUUCACAAACCUGAGUCUGAUCGCUCUUGCAUACAUCUGGAGUUUGAUAUAUCAGGGACUGGAAUAUCGUAUGAAACUGGAGAUCAUGUUGGUGUUUAUGCUGAAAACUGUGAUGAGACUGUUGAAGAAGCUGGGAGGUUGUUGGAUAAAGAUUUAGAUCUGUUGUUUUCUCUUCACACUGAUAAUGAGGACGGUACUCCCUUGGGAGGUUCUCUGCCACCUCCUUUCCCUGGUCCUUGUACACUACGCACUGCAUUGGCACAUUACGCUGAUCUCUUGAACCCUCCUCGAAAGGCUGCUUUAGUUGCUUUAGCUACUCAUGCAUCUGAACCCAGUGAAGCAGAGAAAUUAAAGUUUCUAUCAUCUCCUCAGGGAAAGGAUGAGUACUCUAAAUGGGUGGUUGGAAGUCAAAGAAGUCUCCUUGAGGUAAUGGCUGAGUUUCCUUCAGCAAAACCUUCCCUAGGCGUGUUCUUUGCAGCAAUAGCCCCUCGGUUACAACCUCGUUAUUAUUCAAUUUCAUCAUCUCCUAGGUUUUCUCCACAAAGAGUACAUGUAACUUGUGCCUUGGUUUAUGGUCCAACUCCCACCGGUAGAAUCCACAAAGGAGUUUGUUCAACCUGGAUGAAGAAUGCUAUUCCCUCGGAGAAAAGUUCUGACUGUAGCUGGGCUCCUAUUUUUAUAAGACCAUCAAAUUUCAAGUUACCGACUGAUCAUUCAAUUCCUGUAAUAAUGGUUGGACCUGGUACUGGCCUGGCACCUUUUAGGGGGUUUUUACAGGAAAGAUUUGCUCUUAAAGAGGAUGGUGUUCAACUUGGUCCCGCAUUGCUCUUUUUUGGGUGUAGGAAUCGUCGAAUGGAUUUUAUUUAUGAAGAUGAGCUGAAGAAUUUUGUGGAACAAGGUGCUCUAUCAGAGUUGAUUGUCGCAUUCUCUAGGGAGGGACCUGACAAGGAAUAUGUCCAACACAAGAUGAUGGAUAAAGCAGCAGAUCUCUGGAGUAUGAUUUCUCAGGGAGGUUAUCUUUAUGUCUGUGGUGAUGCCAAGGGUAUGGCCAGAGAUGUCCAUAGGACACUGCAUACCAUUGUCCAGCAGCAGGAAAAUGUGGACUCAUCCAAGGCGGAGGCGAUAGUGAAAAAACUGCAAAUGGAUGGCCGAUACCUUAGAGAUGUCUGGUGAUUUUUCUGAUUUUUUGUCGGUUUGGAAAUUGGAACAAGUGUGGUAUCCUUGCUUAUUGAUGCGUUGAAUUCAAGAUUACCAAAAUUAGUUUAAGGAGUUCUAGGAUACUGAUGAUGGAGGUUGAAACGGGUUUUCCAGAGAAAAUGAAAUGAUUUUCUGGACCUGUCUUUUUAUACCUAUUCACUCUGUCUUCCUGUGAUAGGCUAGACCUCUUCUGAAUUAGGGUUGCCUGUAAGGGUACUUGAUAGGUAACCUCGAGCAGGCAAACACAGGUUGAAAGAGUUAUGAAUAAUUAUUAGAUUGGCUUAACUAGUUUAUAAAGAUUAUGUAUAUUCUUGUACUUUGUCUCAUAGUCAUAUAAUGUUAUAUUCUUUUUAUCUCAGUAA